AUGCGGACGUUACAUUCCUUUCGUCUGGUCCUGCUUCUACUCUCUUUCUGUUGGUCCUGCCGUCUGAUCCAGUCUGCGACAGCGCGGGACACGUGUGACGUAUCGAGCACCAAUCGGGUGGACUGCCACCCAGAACCCGGGGCAGACGCCACCAAAUGUCACAGCAGGGGUUGCUGCUGGCGCCCCCCGGCGGACAACUCCCACAACGUCGCGUGGUGCUUCCAUCCAUCCAGCCCGCAGACGACAGGCUCGUGCGGAGUGCAGGACGAACACAGGACAGACUGCCACCCUAACGCGGGGGCCACGCCCUCGGAAUGUCGUUCCCGUGGCUGCUGCUGGCACAGGUCGUCUACGAAGGGCGUGCCGUGGUGUUUCAUGUCCACCAACCACGGCUACUCUGCUCAAGUGAGUGGCAACUCCGCCAGCCUCCACUUGAAGUCGUCCACGCACUGGCAAGAUAUCAAUCCGCUGAGGGUGAAUCUACAGGCAUUAAGUGGGAAUACCCUCAAUUUUAAGAUAUUUGACCCAAACCACAACCGGUAUGAAGUUCCUAUUAGCCUGAACAAGCCGUCCGGUUCCGCCGGAAGUGACGAUUAUACGUACAGAUUAAAGCAGGACCCAUUCGGAGUGAUCGUCACGAGGAAAUCCACUGGUUCCGUGCUAUUUGACAGCACUGUGACGGGUCUAACAUUUUCUGACCAGUAUAUUCAGCUGACCACGUCGGUUCCAACCAGCUACAUCUACGGCCUGGGCGAGUACAGAGACAGGUUCUGGCUCGACCCGUCGAAGAACAUCGUCCGGGCACUCUGGGCGAGAGAUGACGCGCCCCACGUUAAAGCAAACCUGUAUGGCUCUCACCCCUUCUUUCUGGCCAUGGAGACAGAUGGUAAUGCAUUUGGUGUGUACCUCCACAACAGCAAUGCAAUGGAGAUCAACCUAGUUCCGUCCUACCCUGUCACUAUACGAUACAAGGUAACUGGUGGGGUUCUGGAUUUCUACAUUUUUACUGGUCCAACACCCAGUGAUGUCAUUGACCAGUACUGGUCGCUGAUUGGCAAACCGCCACUGCCUCCUUAUUGGUCGCUAGGAUACCAUCUUAGUAGGUGGGGCUACGGUACAGGUGACGGUUUAAAAAGAAUUAUCAACAGGAUGCGCAAUCUUAACAUGCCACACGACGUCCAGUGGGGCGACAUCGACUACAUGCGGGACCAUCUCGACUGGACGUACGACAGGACCAAGUUCGGCGACCUCCCUGCCAUCGUUAAGGAUCUGCACGACCACGGCCAGCGCUUCGUGUGCAUCGUGGAUCCCGGUAUCAGCAGUACCCAGGGUUCAGGACGGUACGACUCGUACGACAGGGGGAUCCGGGACGACGUCUUCAUUAAAAACGCCGACGGAUCCGUCCUCAUCGGAGAGGUGUGGCCCGGUCUAACGGCCUACCCUGACUUCACCGCCCCUAACACUGAGGCGUGGUGGGAACGAGACGCCAGGUCGUUUCAUCAACAAGUUCCCUUCGACGGACUCUGGAUUGACAUGAACGAACCUUCUAACUUCAAGGACGGUUCUAUACACGGAUGUACCAGCAGUUCUUUGGAUAAUCCACCGUAUUUGCCAGCUGUUACGGGACACAGUUUGCACCAGAAGACAAUCUGUCCGUCGUCCAGACAACACCUCGGGGUCCAUUACAACCUGCAUAACCUGUACGGCCACUUCGAGGGAAAGGCUACAUACAGUGCGCUACACAAGAUAACCGGGAAACGACCGUUCAUCCUAUCAAGAUCUACAUUUGCCGGAAGUGGACAGUACGUGGCACACUGGGAAGGGGACAACUAUGCGAGUUGGGAAGACAUGGCGUAUUCCAUUCCAGAAAUCCUCAACUUCAACAUGUUUGGGAUCCCGUUUGUGGGAGUCGACAUCUGCGGGUUCCGGGGUCGAACCACGGAGGAGCUGUGUACACGCUGGUUACAGCUGGGCGCCUUCUACCCGUUCAUGAGAUCACACAGAGACAAAGACGGGCCGGACCAAGAUCCCGCAGCUGGAAUGUUCAGUACUGCUGCGCAUGACCGGAACAGGAAGUCGCUGCAGCUUCGUUACAAAAUGUUGCCUAUGUUGUAUACACUGUUCUCAAAAAGCAAGCCUGUCAUCAGACCAUUAUUCUUCCAGUAUCCAAGGGAUUCCAACACCUACCCUAUAGACGACCAGUUUAUGUGGGGCAGUGAACUCCUCAUUUCACCAGUUCUACGGCAGGGUGAACGGCUGGUGAACGCCUACUUCCCGGCUGACACGUGGUACGACUUCUACAGCGGCCACAGGAUUACGUCGUCUGGUCACCGCAUGUCGCUGUCGGCGCCACUCGACACCAUCAACGUUCACGUCAGGGGCGGGUCCAUCAUCCCCACCCAGGAGCCAGACCUCACCACCAAGAAGAGUCGCACCAAAGAUUUCGGUCUGCUUGUGGCACUGUCGUCAAGACACGAGGCGGAGGGAUCACUUUUCUGGGAUGACGGAGAAACACUGAAUGGUCCUUCCAACAAGUUUAAAUUCCAUGCUGCAGGGAACAAGCUGACGAUAACUCGACAGUCUAGCCAGUAUACCACCACCAUGAACCUGGGCUCGGUGUCUGUAUAUGGAGUGACGUCUAGCCCCGCCCACGUUAGCGCUAACGGCGUCGGCGUCCCGCACACAUAUGACUCGGCCAGGCAGGCACUUCAUAUUACGAAUUUACAUAUUGACUUACUCAAUUCUGCGACAUCAACAAUCACGUGGUCGUAACGCUGAUGAGUGUGGUGUGACGUACAAGAAUAUGAAGUUAUUAUUUUUUAAUAAAAUUGUUCUCUUUU